AGGACCAAUCUGCCUGGUGUUUGGAUAACAGAUAGAACCAGCAAGCCACCAUGAUACUAGCUCCAGAGACCUGCGAAUGCCCGUUCCAAGACCCGGGCGCCUCUAUCGCCAGCUCACCCAACUGCAAUGGACUCCUCCUCUUCAUGGCCCUGAUGCAGGGCUUCGUGCAGGGCCGCUGCGCCAUCGCUGACCCCUGCAACCGGGUGGUGGGAGUGAGGGAGGUGGACGAGGAGUAUGACUUCAUUGUGGUGGGCGGAGGCGCGGCCGGUCCGAUUGUGGCGGGGCGGCUGGCCGAGAACGACAAGUUUAAGGUGCUCCUAAUCGAGGCCGGUGGCCCCGACCCCGUGGCGUCCAGGGUUCCCUCCUACUACAGAAACUUCUGGAACAACGCCGAGACCGACUGGCUCUACCGCACGCAGCUCGACAACUACUGCCUGUCUGAGGGCAAGAAGGGAUGCGUCUGGCCUAGAGGGAAAACCCUUGGUGGAUCAGCUGUCCUCAACGGCAUGAUGUACCACCGUGGGCAUGCCGCAGACUUCGACGAGUGGACGCAGUUCGGGGCGGAGGGCUGGUCGUGGAAGGAGAACCUGCCCUACUUCUACAAGACUGAGGACAACAAGCAGAUCGGGACACUGGUCAAUGGUUCUUACCACGCCACCGGGGGUCCUUUGCCUAUUCAACAAUUCAGAUACACCCCUGAAUUCGUGUACGACCUGCUGAAGGGUAUCGAGGAAGUGGGCCUGCCCGUCGUGGCUGACAUGAACGAUCCCAACACUCCAGAAGGAUUCGCCAUAGCACAGACGUUUUCUGAUGAUGGUCAGCGUUACACCACAGCCCGUGCCUACCUGAAGCCCAAGGAGAACCUCCACGUGCUUCUGAACUCCCAUGUGUCCAGAGUCCUCUUCAAUGACACCGUUGCCGUCGGUGUGGAAUACAUCACCAAGAAAGGAGAGAGGAAGACUGUGCAAGCUGCUAAAGAGGUGAUUCUCAGCGCUGGAGCCUUGAACAGUCCUCACAUCUUGCUGCUCUCCGGAGUCGGCCCUAAAGAGACCCUGGACAAGUUCGACAUCCCAGUCGUCGCUGACUUGCCGGAUGUCGGCCAGAACUUGAAGAACCACAUCGGAAUGACCCUCUUCUUUGUAGCCACAAAGGAGGAGAACACUCAGUCUCUGGACUGGGCCGCUGCGACUGAGUAUCUGCUCGAGAGGACCGGGCCCAUGACUUCGACUGGUAUCACUCAGAUGUCCGGAGUGCUAUACUCCAGCCUGGCUGACCGUGAGAACCAGCAGCCGGACCUGCAGUUCUUCUUCAACGGCUUCUACGCGGAGUGCUCUUCGACCGGCGCCAUCGGCGAGCCGGUGGGUGACUGCCCGCAGAAGGGAAGGAACAUUACGAGCAACGCAGUGUCCUUGCGCCCCCGCAGCGUGGGCUACCUGACCCUCAACUCGACAAACCCGCUGGAGCCGCCGCUAUUCUUCCCACAGUACUUCUCUCACCCCGACGACAUGGUCAUGGUCAAGGACGGAGGCAGAUACGUUCGCCAGAUCAUGGAGUCUGAGGCGAUCCAAAGCAAGUACGGCGUGAAGCUGGACCCAGCCUACACGUACGUCUGCGACAACCGCGUGGCGCAGUGGUCGGACGAGUGGCUGGAGUGCAUGGCGCGCUGGUACACCGACCCGCAGAACCACCAGGUCGGCACCGCCGCCAUCAGCCGCGUCGUCGACAACGACUUGAGGGUCUAUAAUGUCACUGGUCUUCGUGUAAUAGACGCGUCUGCCAUUCCCAUCCUGAGCACCGGCAACCCGCAGGGAGCCAUCAUGAUGGUGGCCGAGCGAGGGGCCGACUCCAUCAAGGCUGACUGGAGCCAGUGAACGACUGACUUACUACCGCCAUUACUCAAAAAUCUGACAGAUUCAUACAAGGUAUUGAUGUAAAUGUGACUAUACACUACAACAUUUUUCGAGCAUUUCUGUUUAACGUUCUUACGAAUGGUACAAUACAGUCAAAAGCUUAAUGAAAAGUUCGUAAAAGGAUGAUACACUAGAACCUAUCAGAGAGCGGCUCGUUGUUCUGUUACAAGUAAAUGUUGUAGUCUUUACCCACGGUAUGACGGAUAGGUAGUGAAUUUGUUAUGUAAUUUUAUGGUAGCGGUCGAUGGUUAGGACGACUGACAUAAUAAUAAUGUACAAUUGUGUAAAGAUUUUUAUAUUUUUUUACCUCAUUUCUCAUUUGUUAUGGGUAUUUAAUACCAAUGUUAUUUAGUUUUGUAAGUGUAAAGUACCUGUCAUUAUUUUGUAUAAUUGAAAUCGCAUCAGUUAAGUAUUUACCUCAUUAAUAUAUUAUGUAUUUAUAGCAGAAUUUGAUAAAUAAACAUUUUAUCUAAAUUAA